GAGGAGGGAUGAAGAGAUUGUACUUUGACCAACUGGACACAGGCACUAAUUACAGAUUGGAGCCCCAGGCAGCGACAACUAGAAGCUGUGCGUGCGUCUGUGGAACCUACAAACACACACUUAUCUAACUUUCUCAAACUUGGCUUGAACUCCUGGACACAUACUCGUUGGAACCUUGAACACACUCCUUCCCAGUGUGUGUUGGUCUUCCAGUAACCAUGGCUCAGUCUGAAGCUAAUGGCCUAAGCCCGGACCUCUCUAAUGGAGCCAUCAUCCACAGCCCUAUAGGAACCUGUACCAAGCCGGACAGACAGAGACAACGAGAUGAAGAGGAGGAGGAGGAUGUAGAACUAGCAGAGGAGGUGUUAGAACUGGGGGAGGAGGUGGGCGAGGACAUGGAGGACAUUGGGAUGGCAGGUGCAGCUGAUCAUUUCGAAGUGACGAUGCAAGCUAGCGGGAGCGGAGGAAAGGAGGGAGAGGAGGGGGAGAGGGGGAUUGAAGAGGAGGUUGGUUUACAGGAAAAGAGAGAGGGAGAUAAAGGGGAGGGGGAGCUGACAGUGACAGUUGUAAUUGAAGAGGAGCAGGAGAAAUCUGUAGAGGCUGUUGAAGAAGAGAAGUUCGCUGAGAGAGAGGAGUCAGCAGGGGCGGACAAAAAGAGAGAAAUAGAGGAGAGAGAACCUCCUCACCCCCCACCAUCCCCUAGUUUACCUGAAACUGAGUCCAUUAAUGAUGAGGUAGAGACAAAAGACGAGGACACAUCUCCAGAGGCAGAAAAGGUACAAAUCGUUUUGCCUAUUGAUGAGACAGAGAAGACAGAGGACAGUGUCGGUUUGACGACAACAGAACCGCCAGUCCCGUCAACUAAUGAUGAGGUGGAGAGUAAAGAAGAGCUAUGUAAUGAGAGUGGUGGUCAGGAUGCAGAGAUGCCCAUCAGCCAGGUGACUAAUGAUGAUGGCAUAGUAAGAGUGAGUGAUGAAAGCUGGACUCAAGUGACUGAGGACUGUCAAACUGAGUCCACUAGUGAUGAGUUCAGAAGGACACGGCAGGAGGAAGGACAGGAAGAGGAGCCUAAACAUCAGCCAGCAAAUGACAAUGAAGGAGAGAGUGAGGAAAGUAACAAUAAAUUGGCACAAAAUCUACAGGUUUCACAAGAAGAGAGGGAUGAGAACCAGCAGGGAAGUGAGAAGAGUACAGAGGAAAAAGAGGAGGAGGUUAAAAGCCAUGUUACAGAAGAACAGGGAGAGACAACUAAAGCAGUUUUAGAGAGAAAAGAGGAGGGGCAUCAAGCGACAGAGCACCAGCCCCCGUUGUUCGUUACCACGGAGUUCAUAGAGCUUGGAGUCGUCAAGAGUCAGGCAACCAGGGCUCAACAGCCACAGGAUGUUGUCACUCCACCUGUUGAGGUAGAGGGAGGGAGCAAGAGCAAGGCACAGCUACUGAUACAGCCCAAUGAGAGUCAGGAGGGUGAGGAUGGCUCUAAAGAUGAGGGAGGUUUACAACAGACAGAACAGCAGCUACAGGUGGAAGAGGGUGACAGUAAUAGGGCAGUGGAGAGAGGUGGUGGGGAGAGGGAAGAACCGCGACAGGUUGGGGAUAAUGCGGUGUUGGGGAUGGACACAGGAGGCAGCAAAGUAGAUGAGGAGCAAAAGAAGAAGGAUAAUGUAGACAUAGCAGAGGAAGAGAGAAGAGGUGGCAGUAUGGAGGAACAGACGGAAAAGGCUUUAGAGCCUGAUAAUGCUGCCAGAGAAGAGGGGGAAGAGAGAGAAGACAAAGUUGUAGCUCAGCCACAGGUACAGAUACUCAAGGGUUCAGCAGGAGCUACACAGGAGGACGACGACAAGGAUUUAGAGCAUGUUGAGGAGGCUUUCGAGCUUGAGGAGGAAGGAGACAUGGAGAAAGAACAGCCAGGAGAGGUCAUUCUGGAUGAGCCCGGAGCUGCAGAGGUGGGAGGGGCUGAAGAGAUGGAUAAUCUGGUCCCAGUCUCAGAGAUAGGGACGGGAGGAGCAGAGGGAGGGGGUGAGUUGGAGGAACAGCCAGUGACAAACAUUGACGAUAAUCUAGACUCACAGUCAGAGGGAGCGAUUGAGAUGGCGGAAGAGCCAGAAGAUCUCAUUGAGGAUGAGUCUAAAUCUGCAUUAGAGGGAUGCAGCGAGAGAGUAGAACAGCCAGGGCCUGCCACUAAGGAUGAGCCAGUAAAGUUUGGGAAGGAAUACACAGCGAAGGAAAGAAGGAAAGAGAAGAAAGAAGAGGUGGAGCUAGGGGUCAAAGGUCACAAAGCCAGGAUAGAGAAUGGGUUCCCUGGAACAGAGGAGGUGAAACGACAACUGCUGAAUGAGAUGCUGCUAUCUCCCACAAGGCUGAGACAAGGAGAAAUGAAAGAGGAGGUGACAGUAAAAAGAGUUAGGGUGACACCCCGCAGAGGGAGCAACGACUGGAACAAGAAGGCGGCCCCAGAGGAGGUACAGACCCGCAGAGGGAGCAACGACUGGAACAAGAAGGGGGCCCCAGAGGAGGCGCAGACCCGCAGAGGGAGCAACGACUGGAACAAGAAGGCGGCCCCAGAGGAGGUACAGACCCGCAGAGGGAGCAACGACUGGAACAAAAAGGCGGACCCAGAGGAGGCGCAGACCCGCAGAGGGAGCAACGACUGGAACAAGAAGGCGGCCCCAGAGGAGGCGCAGACCCGCAGAGGGAGCAACGACUGGAACAAGAAGGGGGCCCCAGAGGAGGCGCAGACCCGCAGAGGGAGCAACGACUGGAACAAGAAGGCGGCCCCAGAGGAGGCACAGACCCCCUGGAGGAGGGAGGACUGGGCCAAAAAGGAGGCCCCAGAGGAGGUGCAGACCCGCAGAAGGAGCGAUGACUGGAUCAAAAAGGCCCCAGAGGAGGCACAGACCCCCGGGAGGAGGGAGGACUGGAUUAAGAAGUUGUCUCCAGAGGAGGCGCAGACCCGCAGAAGGAGCGACGACUGGAUCAAGAAGGAGGCCUCAGAGGAGGCGCAGACCCCUGGGUGGAGGGAGGACUGGAUUAAGAAGUUGUCCCCAGAGGAGGUGCAGACCCCUGGGCGGAAGGAGGACGGGAUUAAGAAGUUGUCCCCAGAGGAAGCGCAGACCCCCGGGAGGAGGGAGGACUGGAUAAAGGAGCUGAAGUCGGUGCUCAAAGAGGAGGUACUUUCCCCAAAGAGGAGAGAGGAGCAGGUGAAGAAAAAUAAGAAGAAGGUGGUGGUCAUGGACGAGGUGCCCACGUUCAUGCACCAGAGGACAGAGGUGAAGAUAGAGGUGAAGAAAGAGAAGGAGACGCGGGGGGAGGAGAAGACGCCAAAGAAGUCUGUGAGGCUGCAGAGCCCAACUCCUCAUGGGGAAGACAGCGACAGUUCGGAGCCCCAGGAGUAUGAGAUCUCCCUCUAUGUCAAGGUACAGUAGCACCAAGGGUUAACUAUGGGUUAGCUAUGACGUUAAGAACGUUGCAGAUAGACAUGUGAUGAAUAAAGCUGACACAAUUGCAUCUUAUGUUGCAUCUUCCUGAACAGACCCCAGUGCUCCCUGGUCCUGUAAAGCUACAGGCUGUAUCGAUCAGCUGAUUAGCUGAAUCAGGUGUGUUACCUUGCACAUCCUGUGGGUGCUCUGGACCAGGACUGAAGAACACUGAGGGGUGUGGUCUAAGAUGUACAGAUCUCUCUGCCAUUGUCUCCGUGUAUUGGCAUCUCCACUUGUGGCAGGAUAUAGUUUAGCAUGUAUUUAAAGUCAAGUGUAGCUUCUAUUCAGGUAACGGCUACAAGAUGUAUCUGUCCACAUGUCACAACAAUACAAACCCACCCCUUCUCUUAGAAGAGGCUUUAAUAAGGGACAAUCUCUCUUCCUUCGCUCUCUAUCUGUCUCCCUCUCUCAUCUGGUAAUCAAAUCAGUGCUUCGGAAUCCUCGAGAAUUAUCUACUUAGCUCGUAAUGGAACUUUCCUGUCAUCCUGUUCUAUAGAUUACAAAUGGGGCUACGUGUACCGUGCUAGCUAGCAUCAUAGGAAAACCCAUGCCAGCCACUAGCCCUAGCCCACCUUUUAGCUUAUCUUAGCUACUUAGUGGCUAAUUAUAUUAGUGUCUGGUCUAUGGUCAUAUUCAGUUGGUCAUAAAGGCUAGCUCAGACACUGUUCGCUUAAAGCCCCAAACAUUGUUCUGUUGUUGUGGUUGAUUCUCCUCUGGCUGGUUUAAAGUAAUGCGAUUUGACAACUUGAAAUGGCCACCUGUCGGGAGUCGUUGAGAGAGAGAGGACGUUGUUGUUAUCAUUAGCCUACUUUCUGUGGCCUGUUCUUCUUUACCAACUAGUGUAGCGACAUGGCAACAUACAAUGAUGUUGGCUUUGCUUCAGAUCUUGGCCCGGAAAAUAUACUGUAAGGGAGUAGUUAGCAGGUAACAUAAUUUAUGUCGUAAUAAAGACACUGUUUGGCCCUGCAGGUCAGAGGUGGUGUAGUAAGGAAAAAAGAGGGUCUGUGUGUCUGGCCAGUAAAGUAUUAGCCUGCUGGACUUUAUUCAAAAACACACCGCCAUUUUGAAAAUCAGUUGCUAAGGAAACAUCAAGCAUACUUACGGUUUGGGUGUGAGGCAUGUUGUGUAAUAUUCCCUGUGUUAUGAUUGCAUGUGAGGUGUUUUGUUGGGGUUGUGUGUGAUUGUGUGUGGGAGUCAUGUGGGAGUCAUGUCGCUGGGUUGCCUGGGAUCCCACUGUGAUCUCCUUAUCUCAUCCUAUUAAGAGAGUGAUAUCCUACUGUAAUUCUACCCCUCUUUAGCUGAUUGCACACACACACACGCACAGACUCACAGACGCACAUACGCACACACAUAGUUACACGGAGGCACACACACACACACACAGUCUUGCCGGCCCCAUUGUCCCAUGCGUGCCUGUGUGUGAGGGAUAUUCUAGUAGUGUUGUUGGUGAGUGUUCUGGUGCAAAAUGGCUGCCGUAGUAGCACCUGUGGCCCACUAUCAAUAUCAAGUGCUUUGAGGACUAGGUGGAGAGCACUACAUUGAGCCACUACAUCAUUAUGCUCCAUUCUAGCCGCGACUGUAUUGCUUUGAGCCAUGCAUUUCUGGCCAGAAGUCUAUAAAAAGCCUGUAAAAAGUUACCUGACAUGGUACCUACUUUGGCUCAAUUGGUUGGAGUGUGGCUCUCUAUAGCAACCCCAGGGUUGUGGAUUUGACUCCCACAUGUGCUACAUAAUAUGUGUGCCAACCAUCAGAUCUCCUAGAUAAAACCUCCUGCUAAAAAUGGGCAUAUUGUUAUGGCGUUGUAGGUCUGGAGGGCUGCAUGCCAUGGACCCAGGACGUGACCAACACAACAAAGGCACAUUCCAGUGUUUGAUGAAGGUGCCCUGGCGCCCAGCUGAAGGAUUAAGCCUGGGGGAAAAUGUCCUAAUAUCCUGGCCUGUUCUCCUGGGGCGCCUGCUCACAUAAUACAAUAGACGCCUUUGUCUUGCUCUUGGUGUGAGAGCAACUGUAGGUAUGCUCCAUGGCCAAGGUCAGGGGAGGCAGGAGGCAGGAGCAAACUCCAACUGUGGCUUUCACCAGAGUUAGAGAGUCACUCUCUCUCUCUCUCUCUCUCUCUCUCUCUCUCUCUCUCUCUCUCUCUCUCUAUCUCUCUCUCUCUAU